AUGGAUUUCGAGCACGUUCCUCAUUCUCACCAGAAUGUCACAGUACCCCAACAAGCCUGGCUCCACAGCAGCUCCACCAGCUAUUUGGUGCUGUCAUCCCUUGGGCAGGGAACCUUUGGGAAAGUAUCCAAGUGCAUGAGGAUGGACACGAAGAAGGUUGUUGCUGUGAAAGUGCUUGUCAAUAAAGAUGACGCCUUUGCAGCAAUGAUAGAAGUGGCAAACCUGAGGAAACUGAAGAAACUGGAUCCAAACACUUCAAAUAUUGUGCAGUGGAAUGAUUUCUUCAUUGACAGAAAUCACAUAUGUCUGGAGUUUGAGCUUCUGGAUAUGAGUCUUCAGGACUUCAUGGAACUGAGAAAACACCAACCUCUCCCUCUGCAGGACAUUAGAUUUAUCAUUCAGCAGUUGGCUACUGCACUGCAACAGCUUGACAACAUUGAUCUUAUCCACUCAGACAUAAAGAUGGAGAAUAUCGUGCUGGUUGAUCAUAGACGGCAGGGACUGAAGCUCAAGCUUAUUGACUUUGGUCUGGCCUGUGAUAAGUCAGAUGCCAGACUGUUGGCGUAUAUUCAAACUAGACCUUACAGAGCUCCAGAAAUUCUGUUGGGUCUACCCUUCACAGCAGCCAUUGACAUAUGGUCUGUGGGCUGUGUGGCCGCUCAUCUUUUUACUGGCUCUUUACUUUAUCCAGGCACCAGCGAGUAUGACAUGAUGAGAUACAUUGUGGAGUGUCCGGGUCAGCCACCAGACGACAUGCUGGAUGCCGGACUGAAAACAAAACAGUUUUUCAAGCGAGACUCCACAUCCAACAGCAAUAAAUGGAGACUCAGAAAAUGUCACAAGCAUUUUCAUGCUACUGAAAUCAAGACAACCCGCAUCAGGAAGUGGACAAUAAAGUCUCUGGAUGAGCUUCAGCAAAUAAGGGCUUCCGUUUGUGUGCAAGCUACAGAUGAUCAAUCACAAAUGAAUGAUCAGAGGAUGUUCCUUGACUUGCUGAAACAUAUGCUCCAUGUAGAUGGAAACCAACGAAUAACACCUCAUCAGCUUCUGGAGCAUCCGUUUGUCAACAGGCACCACCGAGAGGACAACACACAGCAUAGUUCCCAUGCAUGGUGUCGUAAGAAAUCCACAAGUCAAAGGUCAAGACAGACACGUGAAGAUCACCAAGGAAAACAAACCAACCAGGCAGCCAAUGGGAAAGCUGUGUCUCAUCAAGCAAAACAUGACAGAAGUCUUCCCACCUGCAGCAGCACCUUGGCACCCCAUGAUAAGGAGAAAUCCUCCUAUAAUGCCCAGCAGACAAAGGUGAGCUCAGGGAUUAAAAGGAAGCUCUGUCCUGAAGAUGAUGAGGUGGUUUCUUGUGGAACAUCUGGCCUCCUCAGGAAGUCAGCAAAAGUGCAGUGGGUUAAGCUUCCAACUAAAAAAAGCCUUCCCACCUCCAGCACCUUGACACCCCCUGACAUCCACCAAUCUUUCUGUAAUGCCCAGCAGAAAAAGGUUAGCUCAGGGAUUAAAAGGAAGCUCUGUCCUGAAGAUGAUGAGGUGGGUUCUUGUGGAACAUCUGGCCUCUUCAGGAAGUCAGUAAAAAUGCGACGGGUUAUGCAUCCAUCUAAUGUAACCUUCUCGCCUCAAACAGGAGCCCAGCCUGUCACAAAGUAA